UGACUUAAUGGGAGGGAAUUGGAAAGAACGAAAAGCUUGUUCACAAAAAGGGGGGGGGAAGCCUUGUGAAAAUAAGGAUGGUUAACUCUUUUGUCUGUCUGCCGAUUCUUCCCCUCAUUGUGUUUUUUGGAAGAGCAUAUGUUUGUCUUUCUUAUAGCCUGUCAUUUGACCAGCAAGCUGGUGCAGCUGACAGCUAUUACUAUGAAUACAUCGAUGAAGAUGCACAGCCAAUGGAGGAUAAUACCAGAUAUAGCCUCCCCGCUAGACAUCCUGACUGGUUUCAUGAAUACGUCAGUUAUGAAGAAAAUCCAUGCCUGAAGAUGCCGUGCCAGAAUAAUGGUGUAUGUGAAAGGAACAGAAACAGGUAUACAUGUCGCUGCCCCGAACCAUAUGAAGGGUCUAAGUGUGAGAAUGUGAAAAACACAUGUGAAAGGAUCAACUGCAAUAGAGGAGAUUGCCUUAUAAGCUUAAGAGCUCCUUAUUAUAGAUGCCAUUGCAAACACCCCUACAAAGCGCCAUUCUGUGACAAAGCACAGUCAUCUUGCCGACCAAAUCCUUGCAAAAAUGGGGGCAUCUGUCAACGGCAUCGGGUAAGGUCCAAGUUCAGCUGCAAGUGUCCUGAGCCAUUCAGAGGAAGGCUUUGUGAAAUAGGACCUGAUGACUGUUUUGAAGAAAAUGGCAUUUCAUACAGAGGAACUGUUAGUCAAACAAUUCUCCAUAAGACCUGUCUUCACUGGAAUUCUCACCGUCUUCUGGAGUGGAAUUAUAAUGCAUUUAUUGAAGGUGCUGCCUCUUAUGGCCUUGGUGACCAUAACUUCUGCAGGAACCCAGAUGGUGACGAAAAGCCCUGGUGCUUUGUCAGUGUGAAUAACAAAUUGAAGUGGGACUUCUGUGAUGUAUCUGCGUGCUCAGAAACAGCACAGUCCUCUGGGAAUACAGCCACCAAGAAUUCUGCAGCGGAUAGCAGACCUUAUACAUGUGGAAGACCAGAGACAGAAAGACCAUUAAAGAGAAUCUAUGGCGGUGCCAAGUCAACUCCUGGCAAACAUCCAUGGCAAGCCUCUGUUCAGAGGAAGGUUUCAAGGGGCAUAUAUUUUCCCAAAGGACACUUCUGUGGAGGUGUACUGAUUGAACCAUGUUGGGUUCUUACUGCAGCACACUGUGUUUUGACAGAUGCCCACACCCUUGAAGUGUUCCUUGGGAAAAAAGAUCUCCGAAGGAAAGAGCAUUAUGAACAGAAGUUUGAUGUGGAAAAGAUAAUUAUACAUGGACACUAUGGAGAAAUUGAGGAUGUCCCAUACAAUGAUAUUGCUUUGUUGAAGUUGAAACCAAUUGAUGGCCACUGUGCAGUGGAAACAAGAUACGUCAAACGAGUGUGCUUGCCUGAUUCUACAUUCCCUGAUGACACAGAAUGCUAUAUAUCAGGUUGGGGAGAAACUGAAACAGGUGAAUCAUCUCAUCAGCUGUUAGAUGCCAGAGUAAAGCUGAUUUCCCAGGUGCGGUGUAACGCACGAAGUGCACAUAAUAACAGACUGGAUGAAAGCAUGCUUUGUGCAGGAAAUCUUCAGAGAACAAGCGCUGAUACUUGUCAGGGAGAUUCAGGAGGCCCUCUAACCUGCGUGAAAAAUGGCUCUUAUUACGUCUAUGGAAUUGUGAGCUGGGGAGAACACUGUGGGCUAAGACAAAAACCUGGAGUCUAUACCCAUGUGAUAAGAUUUCUCAACUGGAUUCGUACAAAAAUUCAACGCGAGUCUAGCUUUGAUAUCUAGGAAAGCCCUUCGAAAAAUAAAUAAUGGAUCUCUGCUGCAUCAGGAUUCACUCUCACUUGUUGGGAUCCUUCUCCAGCUGCCUGUUCCUGCCAACCAAAAUAGAUACGGAAUGUGAGCUACUUAUGAAGACAAAUUUGCAGAAUUCCCAUUUAUUAAAAAGAAACAGUACUUUUUCGGGCAAAACAUUAACGCUAUGCUAAUGCCAUCUUUCUGGGGUUGGACGGGUUUGUUAGCUUCAGCAUGGUGUUACUUUUAGGGAAGAUGCAACUUCUGGGUUACUCCAGCUUCCUCAUCCAAAGGCCUCUGUGAGCUUCUUGUAGAUGCUUCAGAUCAGGGGUUGCCAUCGCAGCACUUGUGGGUGCACAUACUUCCACAAAGGGCUUCUCAGUUACCUGCAAGCUGCCCUUCCCCACUGAUAUUAGGCUUGGAAGAAGCAUUGUAUUGAAGCCAAAAGGUUGUGGUGUGAUGUAUCCCAUAGCCACUUACCUAGCAGUAAGUCCCAUUAAACCUCUUAGGAGGCUUGUACAGGAUUGCACAGGAACUGACUUUGCAACAAGCACUAGUCCUACAAGCCUUAUUCACGUCAGAAUGAAGAUUUGUGUGAUGUAAAAACAUAAUGAAUUCUUCAACUACUGCGUGAGUCUUGCUUUGCAACUAAAAUGUUGUAUGCCAUCUCGUCCCUCCAGCCAUGAUUCAACAGGCUGACUUUUUUAAAAAGCUUGCAGGACUCUCUACAUGUCCUUUAUCCAUUAAUUUGUUGCCUUAUUUUUAGAGUUAAAAAAAAUAAAUAAAAAUAAAAUAAAAUUGGUGACAUCAGGGUAAACGAGCCAUUCAGUCUAUUUCUGCUGCAACCUUACAGCAGAAUCUUUUUGCAGAACUCAACCCUAGAAAGGGAUGUGUGCUUUUGGAAUGAACAGUCAUUGGGAUGGGCAAAGAGUGUCGUCUAGAAAAGCUCCACUGCUCUAAAAACAUUGUGUGUGUCUGCACCCUAAGAGCAGUUGAUUCAUUUCCCUACCCAAUAUUGUCUGUGCCUGGUAGGUGUACAGUCAAAUCUCGAGUGUCAAAUGUAAUCCAUUCCAGAAGCCCGUUCGGCUUCCGAAACAUUUGACAACCGAGGCUCAGCUUCUGAUUGGUUGCAAGAGCUUCCUGCCCUCAAGCGGAAGCCGCGUCAGACGUUCGGCUUUCUGAAAAACAUUUGAAAACCGAAGCAUUAACUUCCUGGUUUUCAGCAUUCAGGAACCAAAACGUUCCAAAAUGUUCAGGAACCGAGGUUUGACUGUAAACUUUAUUCACAUAAAUUUUUCUACUAUUUUUUCUAAUAGUAGAAAAAAAUACUUUGUAAGGAUAUGGGCAUUAAUUAAAUCUCACUGCUGAUACCUGAAACUGCCUUGUUGAGCAGUUGCCACUAAACUGCUUUUCUAUAUGACACAGAGUGGGAAACAAGCACUCUGCCUUAUGUCUGGGAUUCUGCAUCCUAGGUGCUUAGAAGGAAAGGGGCUAUUCGCUCACGUACAGUUUUCAGAUUGUUCUGAUCCAAAGUUCCUUGAGGUUCCUGUUCCUGAGCAUAUGCCAGCUCAGCAGCCCUCCUGGCCAUUUCCACUUUGUAGGAACCUGGAGGUGUCCAGCCGACGCCUCUGAUCCAGUUCAAAUCAGAUUUGUACUUGACCUGCAAAACAAAUACACAAACCUCACGGAAUUAAUAAACCGCACACGCUUCAAAUCAGAUGGGAAGUAAAUUGCAUAGAACAGAAUCUUAGCUAUCAGUUUCCUUCACUGUCAGGACUUGAUUCAUUUAUUUCAAACACUAAGAAUUCUAUAAUGAUGAGGAGAGGUUUACAAAGUAAGAAGUGAAUGGCAGCAUGUACAAAAGGCUGUGCAUUUCCAGAUUGUCAACAUUUUUUUCCUUAUUAUUAACUGAACAUCUUUCUUUCUCAUCACUGAGCGAAUGUUAAAAACAUGGGGGCAGUCACUUCUGAAACCUCAGAAAUCAUAUGAGGGCUACUAGAAAUCCAAGGAAGAAUGGGACAAGUAAACCUAUUGUAUCUUUCCGGUUUUCUCCAGAACUUCAAAUUACUUACUAUGGUCCCACCACUUCACAACUCCCUUUGCAGGCAGUGAAAGGAGGGGAUGUUCAAAUUUUUCAAGGUGGUGGGAAAUUGCAAGGUAGGAGAGCAGCUAUUCACCCUUAACUAGUCUUCCCCUUUUCUUUCUCCCCCCGCCUCCACUUUUUUCUUGUCACAAGCUGUGGUUAGUAGCAAAUAUAACUUUUUUCAGUAGCUCAUGAACCACCAUUUACUUUCCUCAAAACUGCAUGGAAGCAGCAUUGUUCCAGGGCAAUGGGAUGCAGGGAGACAGCUGCCUCAUCCCUUUGGUCUUUCAUUAGCAUUUUUCUAAUGUGGUUUAACCCAGGUGGCGCUGUGGGUUAAACCACAGUGUCUAGGGCUUGCUGAUCAGAAGGUCGGCAGUUCGAAUCCCUGCAACGGGGUGAGCUCCUGUUGUUUGGUUCCAGCUCCUGCCCACCUAGCAGUUCAAAAGCACAUCAAAGUGCAAGUAGAUAAAUAGGGACCGCUCCGGCGGGAAGGUAAACGGUGUUUCCGUGCGCUGCUCUGGUUCGCCAGAAGCAGCUUUGUCAUGCUGGCCACAUGACCUGGAAGCUGUCUGCAGACAAACACCGGCUCCCUUGGCCUAUAGAGCGAGAUGAGUGCCGCAACCCCAGAGUCGGACACGACUGGACCUAAUGGUCCCUUUACAUUUACUUUUUGAAAACUAUAUUAUACAAAAUGGAGACCUUUAGAAAUAAACAGUCCAACCCCUUUACCUUACCAGCCAAAUUCUUUAAAAUGCAUUCUUUUUUAAAAGGGGGGCACUUUAUGGAUGUUUCAAGGGCAGAGUUUUGGUACAGAGUAUAGAGCCCUGGAACAAGACUCUAGCCAGGCACCCCCAAACUCAGCCCUCCAGUUCUUUUGGGACUACAAUUCCCAUCAUCCCCGACCACUGGUCCUGUUAGCUAUGGAUGAUGGGAGUUGUAGCCCCAAAACAUCUGGAGGGCCGAGUUUGGGGAUAUCUGCUCUAGCCUAUAGAUCAAUGCACUUACAUCACUCUGGAGGUUGUGUGCUUGCUUAGCAUGCUUUAGGUUCAGCUGUUCCGGGUCACAGGUAUACUGAUGCAGGUGCUGCCUGUAAUUGACGUCACUUAUCAGCUGUUGACUUUUCUUUGCAUGGAUAAAUCUUGGCUGGUCAAUGUGGCUCUUGAACUGCGCUCUGUUUCUGACAAAAUCCCUCUUGUAUUGGUUGUCACUCUGGAGGUAGCCCAUCUUGAGAAAGUGCCUCAUUUUUGGAUCAUCAUUCACAUUGCGAAAUCCAAUCUGCUGCCCCCUAUCUCUCAGGAAGGCCUCUCUGUAUCUGAACUGCAGAGUAGUGAGACAGAGCAAAGACAAAAAGAAUUUUUAUUCCCUUAUUGUAGUGUUUUUGUAUAAAGAGCUGUGACUUCCAUGUGGACAUACAUAUAACUUUGCUAAAUCAGAGUACAAGUAUCUACAUCCAGAGGGCAGAGCUGCCUUGUUGGAGCAAUUUUUAAUUGGAAAUAAAUGGUCAUUGGAUUUACAGAAUAUACAGUUGCACCUCUACUUACGAAUAACUCUACUUGCGAAUGUUUCUACUUACGAAUGGAGCUCCGUCCGCCAUCUUGGAUGCUGUUUAGAUAGGAUUUUUUCUACUUACGAAUUUUUAGAUAGGGUUGCUUCUACUUACGAUUUUUUUCUCCCAAUGCAUUUCUAUGGGAUUCGACUUACAAUUUUUUUCAACUUACAAAUGUGCAUUCGGAACGCAUUAAAUUCAUAAGUAGAGGUACCACUGUACACAGUUUUAUUAUCAAUAGCAUACUUAAUGAUGAAUACAUUAACAAGCAUGUGGAUGAAAUGGACACCAAUGGUGUAAGACAGCUUGCACAGCUCAAAAAAAAUGUGACCCAUGACUAAUGCUCCAUUAAAUCAAUGAGACUUAUUAAUUCAACAAAAUGUAUGUGCACCUAAAUUCAUCUGGAUUGCAUUCUGGCUUUCUAGCAGUUCCAGAUUGGCCUGAAAGAGUUUGAGUGCAUGUUCCCCAAGUCUUUGGAUACCAGUGUCUCCAUUUAAACUGCCAAGGAAAAGUCAUGGAUUGCAUAGGGGCCUGCCAUUCCAAUAAACUUGUCAUGUGAUCCUAAGACAGAGUCUUGAAUACAUACAUCACUGGCAAUGUCUCUGGAAGCUUUAGCCGUCUGGAAAGGGAUGGCAUCCAGUCUGAAAUCAUAGCCAGCUGCCCGUGUCUCCUCCCAAGAUGUUUUAUAAAGUUUCUGCAGGAAGGAGUUAAGAAAGAUGAUGCCUUAGUUUACAAGUCUUUUGUUCUUAUAGUAAUAAAUAUUUGAUUCUAAUGGGAUCAUUUGUGUCUGGGACAGCCAUAAAGGCCUUUAAGAUUUUCCGACUGCCCUGCAGCCCUUCAACAUUCCCACCUACAGAAUACUGUACAUUGGUUGGAGUCUCAUUGGUGGGGAGUCAAAAAUACCGAAAUUGAGAUUUUGUUUUGCAUUUCAUGCAUACAUUGAUUCCAGCUUAUUUGGUUUCUGUUAGACACUUUGAUGCAUCAGCCACAUCAAUAUUGCAUUGACACACUGCCCCUAUUCUGUCUUUCGAAACAUCUCCUAGUAGCAUCUUGGGUUUUGCAGUGUAGGAAUGUCAGUGCUACAAGUCUCCACUUUUUGUUACUUCAAGCGUUUCGAAUGCUUUCUGUGCUAGCUCCAUACCCCUGAUGGUUUCAUCAACUAAUCUAAAAUAAUGAGCUGCUGGAUAAAAUAUUGGAUAUGAUUGAUAUGAAUAAGAUGCAAAUUUUGAAGAUAAGAAGUCUCAUUUCAGUCCCAAGGGUUUAUAUCACAGUGUCUGAAGUUAUUGUGAUACUGCGUCAUUGUCCUGCCCAAGAGAUGUUUCUCAAGUUUAGCCAUUCAGCUUAGGAGAAAUAAAAUAAAUAAAUAAAAUAUUUUUGUACAUAGGUGCAAGGAUGCUAAUGAGCAGAUACACAGCCUACUUUGGUGAGGGUCUACUUUGGUGAGGGCACAUUCUCUAAAACAGCGGUUCCCUAACUCUAGCCUAUGGACCACUGGUGGUCUGUGGGCUUCAUUUAGGUGGCCCGUGGCAUGUCUGCAUUAAAUAUACAUAUUGAUUUUCAAUUGUAUUUUUAUUCUACUUUUAUUUUAUUUUAUCUGCUUACUUUACUUCUUAUGUGGUAUUUUAUUGUAUUGCGGUUUGAAUUCUAUGGAAUGCAAGUUAUAAUACAAUCAAAUACAAUGUAAGAAAAAAAGCAAAAGCAAAAACAAACCCAAUUUAAAAUCAUACAGCGUCUAGCACAGCAUGUACAAAUUGCUACAACAGGCAGAAGAAGAAAAAAAAAUCAUUACGUGGUCUGCCAGCAAUUUUUUAAGUGGUCUGUGGUAAUGAUCCCAGGCCUCCAACUCAUUAUUACUUACUGACCAAAUAAUGUUUAUUUACUAUGUGACUGCGAUAAAAAUGUACCUAUGAAGGCAUGGAGAUUGGAAAUGCAAGAACUGGGACAAUCCACACUUCCCAGUGGGCUUGCAACUUCUAAUAAACAUACUUAGAGCCCCCGAUCAAAUUCUUGAAUUAUUUCCUCCCAGAUCCAGGGUCCCAUAAUCAUGACAGUAGAAUCCAAAAUUAUCCCAAAUGAGAUAAUAUGGGAGGCAUUCCAUCCAAAAAUGACCGCAGGUGGCACAUUUAAAGGGCAAAUCUAGAUAGAUUCUUAAAUUUAUUUAGAAUAAUCAGGGUAUGAAAAUUUGGAAUCACAAGCCCUUUGGGGUGGAAGGGAAUCAGGUGGGCAAAGUCACACGGCUGCCUGGAAGACCAGUGGUUCCUCCUCAGCUGUGUCAUAAGUCCAAAUCUGGAGUGUCUCUUGCCAUAAGAGCUUCUAUCUUGCAACCACCAGCAAGUCCUAGCCAUUUCCUGCCUCUUCCUCUCUUCUCUCUUUUUAAUCUGCCAAAGCUUUUGCCUUGCUGCUGCGGAUCAUUCUGUAACACAGGUCCUUUGAUCUGAAACCCCAUGCAUCAUUUUACUUUAUCACAGUUUGCACAGCUUUUGCACUCAUCCUCACACAUUACAUUCAUUUGAUUUACAGCUAUCUUUGCAGUUUUACAAAUACCAAUGUGGUUUUUGUGUGUGUUGUAAGGUCAGUCUCUCUCAACAGCUUUCUGUGUGUGGUGUCUGAUCCAAUUGUAUAUCUACCAAAAACAGUUUCAUUUUUAAUGAGAGGCCCCCAACUCUUCCAUCUCCCCAUGCUCUCCCUGGCUGUUUCAGUUCAGAUACAUGCUGAUCCAUUUGAAUGUUUUGAGAAGAAAUGGUACAUAUCGGACUUACAACUGUGACAUUCAUCUGUGCAUGGCAAUACAGUUCUAACUGCAUGAGCAAUACAUCUCACUCAUUCUUUUCUUCUAACAGGAGAGUAAAGGUUUGUCAAUGCACAAUGCUCUUUCUAUUUUGAUUUCCAGUAGCUGACUAAAUGCACCUUUUAAUGUAAUUUAAUGUAACAUAAUUCCUCUAAAAGUACUGUAAUUUGUGCAAGAAAUAAAAUUGCGAAUUAAUACACAUGAAACGACUAUAUUCCUUUUUGAAACAAUGCAACCUAGACUAAAUAAAAAUAAAAAAUUAUCUACAAAAUGGAAUUACUGGGACAAGUGACGGCCAGACGUAUUCCUGGUACGUAUGAAGUCAAAAUACAACUACAGUGGUGCCUUGCUAGACAAAUUUAAUUCGUUCCACAGGUCUUUUCUUAUAACGGAAAAUUCGUCUAGCGAAUCCCAUAGGAAUGCAUUGAAUUUUUUUUUGCCCAUAGGAACGCAUUAAUUGAAUUUCAAUGCAUUCCUAUGGGAAACCGCGAUUCGCUAGACGAAUUUUUCGUAAAACGCAUUCAUCUAGCGAGGCAACCUCCACUAGAAAAAAACCUUUCGUUAAGCGGAAAUUUCGUUAAGCAGGGCAUUCGUUAAGCGAGGCACCACUGUAUGAUUAGCCUUCCAUGAUUAACACCUCACUUCUUAACACAUUAAUCAACCUUCAGUACAUGUAAUAUGAACCAAUGUAAAAAUUUACUUUUAUCUUGUUUAUGUUGUAAUGAAACCAAAGUAAUUUCCUUAAUAACAAAGAACAUAUGUAACUUGGGAGUGGGGGGGGAACUAAGUUGAGACAGUUGAAGCACCUUCUGUUCUCAUCUUAUAUGUGUGUUUAUUUUAUUUUUUUCAAAUCAGAACUGGAUGGAUAAGGAUUGGCUUGAUCUGAGUAUUUGGAAGUUCUGAGAAUUCAAGAAAAUAUUAAUAAAGGUCACUGCUGUUGCCAAGGAAUAGGAUCACCCAAAAUUCAUACAGCCUUAAAAUCAUUAAGGUGAAAGAUAGCAUUUGAAUCUCAACUUUAUAUACUCUAGAAUCUAGACAUUUAUAAUGCAUAUUUUAUAGUCACAUUGGAGAUUAAUAGCAUGUGAGUUUGAAAGAGAUACUCUGGAUUCACUGCAGUUUAAACAGCCCAUUGAAUCUGUUGCUAAAGUUACCUGUCAGGCAAAAAAUUGUCUCUUGGAAAUGCAGGAUGUUUACUUAAGUUACAUAAAGGAUCAUGUCCUCUUGCCAAUUAACCUUUGGGCAGCUCUUUCUGGGCCUAAAGAAAAAGUAUAUUUCUGCUUCAAGUUUCAGACAAAAAGCAGGUGAACAGUAAAUAUACCAGGGAGUAGCACAUACUCCACAUAUUUUUUUUAAUCCGUCUGUAAUGUUCUGAUGUCAGAAGGAAGAGAUUGUCUGCAGGUUCCAAAAAUAUAUAUUGGACAAAAUGGAGAGUGUUGAUUUACCUUUUUAGUGGGACACAAAAUCACUUAUCUACUCCAUAUUAAUUGAUCCGAAAAUAGCAAUCACAUGUUGUUUCUAUAUUUCAGGCCAAGCAAAAGGCAAAUGAUGCCCUGUCUUUUCCAAAACAUCUGCAGGGCACCAUCUUGUUUUCCCUUGAUAUAGGUGCUUAGUAUAGUUGCUAUAUUGAUUUUAUUGAACAGGAGACAUAUCAACAUUCCUAUUUUGUAAUUCCCAUUUAAUUUGGGACAUUUGCAAUUUCCAACAAUAAAAUAAAAUGUUGAUUAUUUAUUUUUACAUGAA